GAUCGCGACAAAACCUCAGCUUUAACAGAACCACUUUUUUCAAGAAAGAAAGAAGAAAAUAUCGAAACCACCACCGUCUUUCCAGCAAACCCUAAACCAAAAGCAUUUUGAGAUAGCCAGAUGAAGGGCUUCUCUCGGGCGAAGCGGAUCACCGGCCCUCUCGACGAGUGGGCUCGGGCCCGGCUCCUCGCCGGCCGCCGCCAGCUCAGCUACGUCAGCAGCGGCAGCGAGCACGACGGGGAGGACUGCACUCCCCGCCUCUCCGAGCUCGUCCAGUGCUUCCUCGAGGAGGGCGACGGCGGCUCGGAAGUGCACUCCCCCGGUCGCGACCCCGACUCGGACCCAGCCGACUCGGACUCCGACUCGCUCGAGGACGCCCUGGCGCCGGUUUCCGCCGGAGCCAAGGACCCUUACCGAGAUCUGCUUCUGGAUCACGUCCUGAGGGCGGUGGAGGCGUUCUCCGGCCUGCGCGCCAGCCAGUCUCUGCUCCGGCGGAGAGUGAUGUCGUCCCUGCGGGAGAUCGGCCACAAUGCGGCGGUCUGCAAGUCGCGGUGGGAGUCCUCGGGCGGCCUGACCGCCGGCAACUACGAGUUCAUCGACGUGCUGGGCCCCGCUCCGGCCUCCGCCCCCGCCUCCGCCACCGCCACCGCCACCGCCACCGCCCCCGCCGCGUGGCAGCAGCAGCAGACGCGGUACUUCGUCGAUCUGGACUUCGCCGGCGGGUUCGAGAUCGCGAGGCCGACGAGCCGGUACGCGAGGCUGCUGCGGUCGCUGCCGGAGGUCUUCGUCGGGACGGGCGACGAGCUGAAGAGGAUCGCCAGGGUGAUGUGCGACGAGGCCAAGAGGUCGCUCAAGAGCCGAGAGCUGUCCGUGCCCCCGUGGAGGAAGAGCCGCUACGUGACGAACAAGUGGCUCGGCCCGUACCGGCGGACGGUCAAUCCCGAGCCGGCGGGCGGCCCCGCCGCCGCCGGCGUGAAGUGCCGGCGCGUCGGCUUCGACGAGUACGCCGUCAACGGCUGCCUCUCCGUUCGCACGAGAUGACACCAAAGUGAAAAGUUAUUAUUUAAUAAAUAGGGGGAAAUAUAUUCGGGGAAAUUUUCUACAUUUAAAAUAGUAAGGGGAACUUACGCGGGAAAUUCCCAUCGGGUAGCGGAGGGUGCACGAUACAUUCUGUGGACACGAGAGCAGUGCAACGUCGCUUGGCCAUCGGAUCAAGCCUGGACUCGUGUUUGGUACGACGUGCGACGGAUGUGAUCGUGUCUGGGAGGAGAACGAAGAUGGAAUCAACGUCGUCCGUCGCUUUGCUU